GGGAAGGCGGGCCGGGGGCACGGGCUGGCCCCUGCGUGGCCGCGGCCGGGCCAUGGCGGAGCUGCACGCCCACCUCCGGGCGCCGGAGCGGGCGGAGGCGGCGGUGUGGGACGCGCUCCCCUGGGAGCUGCCGCUCCCCGCGGUGCCAGUGAGUUUCGAGGACAUCACGGUGCACUUCAGCAAGCAGGAGUGGGCGAGCCUGGACGAUGGGCAGAAGGAGCUGUACAGGACUGUGAUGGAGGGCAACUACGAGACGCUGGUGUCCUUGUACUGUGCCCUGUUCAAGCCUGAACUCCUAUUUCGGCUCGAAAGAGGAGAAGAGCUGUGCGUGCCAGCAGAGUCAGACCUGAAGGCAGCAGACGUGUCCCCGGAGCCAGCCGCAGAGCCGGGCUGCCUGAGCAAUGACAGUCUGCUGGAGCAGGUGACAAAGGAGUCUUGCGAGGAGAAUUGUAGGGACCUGAAGGAAAGCAGGAGCCUGGCGAUGACGGCAGACUGCAUUGCCCCACACAUCCCUCACGAAGCCACCGCUAUCCCAGCAGAUCUCAGCCAGCCAACCCUGUUACCUUCCUGCCCGGUCCCUACAUGUUGUCACGAAGAGGUGAAUCCGAGCUGGUCUCCAGCGCCGCCUCCUGCAGCAGCUGAUGCCAAUGUGGGGGUCCCGAUGGAGGUACCGCAGGAGGAGGUUGUUGCGGAGAAGCAGGCAGUGCCUGUAACACCCUCGAAGGGUCUGGAAGAGGAGGACACAAAAGAUUCAGGGAAUGGUGGCCAAGGUCUGGCGGCAGAUGUUCCCAAUGAACUGGUUAAGGAGGCAAUACCAGAUGUCCGCAGAACGAUGCCACAGGCAGAUCCCAGCUGCACCAUCACCUCCCCAAGAAAGCCCAUAGAGAGCCCCUGCGUGGGCCGGACUGCAACCUGCCAGCGAAAUUCCACCCGGGAGAAAUCCUACUCCUGCCCUGUGUGCAGGAAAAACUUUCUGCUGAAGAUCAACCUGAUCAUCCACCAGCGGAACCACAGGAACAGUGUGCCUUACGUCUGCACCCACUGCGGCUGCAACUUCAUGUCCAAAAAGAAGAUCCGACGUCACCUGCGGUUCUGGGCGUCCAAGGGGUUCUGCCAGCCCUUGGAGGGGGAGCAGUGCCCCGGCCAGGCGGUGGGCCCUGCCUCCCAGCCCUGCACCCAGAGCAGUACCAUGUGGCAGGUGCCCAACCCCAACCAGUACCCGCUGUCGCCUGGGGUGAUGUACACGUGCAACCUGUGCGCGGAGAACUACUCCAGCCAGCGCUUCCUGGUGCUGCGCCAGCACAGGCUAACCACCGCCUGAUCCUCUGGCCCUGCUGUGUCAGGUGCCUCACUCAGCCUGCUGACUUUGUCUGCUGCUGGCAGACCCUAGCAGGCGCUGGCACAAACCAAAAGACUUCCAUAGCACAUCAGAGGGUCCACGUGUGGCAAUGUGCCCCUGCAGGGACCAGCUCCCCGUCACCCAUUGAGGUGGAGGCGGGAGGCACAGCAAAAGCGCAGGUGGGAGGCCAGCGGGUGUGCUGGUGAUGGGCUGUGCUCCUGCCAUCUCCUCACUCCCUUCAGCUGUGGGUGUGAGCUGACCGAGGAAGGCUGGAGCACCGGCAGCGUCACCCAGCUCCUGCCCACCACCGGGAUGGAUGGUGCCUGGCCCUGUCCACACAGACCCUUCAUGCGCCAGUUGUUCCUUGUUCCUUGACCCCGGGAUGGUGGGACAGCGCGAGUGGGACCCUGUUUCUGGAGGGCACCAAUAGAUGCUGUAGUCACCAGGAUGUCUC